GGCGUUGAGGGUCAGCAUGACCAGUUGCGCCCCGGCUUCUUAGUUUAUUUUGUUCAUUUGUAUAAGUUUCUAGGUAAUUGUCGACGAAGACAGGGACGCAGUCAUGUCGAAUCCCGCCCUGCUCGUUCUGUACGGGAGUCAGACCGGGACAGCUCAGGACACGGCACAGAGGCUCGCCCGGCAGGCACAGAGACGGCGGCUGCGGGUCCGAGUGAUGCCGCUGGACGACUACAACGUGGCCGACCUGAUCUCCGAGUCUCUGGUCGUCUUUGUUUGCUCCACUACUGGUCAGGGAGACCCUCCCGACAACAUGAAGAAUUUCUGGCGGUUCCUCUUUAAGAAGUCUCUACCUGUCGGCUCUCUGAGUCGGCUCGACUGCGCCAUCCUGGGCCUGGGAGACUCCUCGUAUCCAAAGUUCAACUUUGUGGCCAAGAAGCUCCAUAAGCGCCUCCUGCAGCUCGGUGCCUGCGUGCUGCUGCCCGUGGGGCUGGCUGAUGACCAGCACGACCUCGGAGCGGACGCUGUGAUCGACCCCUGGUUUGCUUCGUUUUGGGGGAAAGUGUCGACUCUUUACCCGACUCUGUCCGGCGUGAUCUCGAUGAGGGAAGACGAGCUACUUCCUCCAACCUACACGUUCCACUUCCUGGACGACAUGCAAGAGAAGGAGGAGGUCUGGCUGAGGAUUCCCAUGGAUCAAACCAUCCCCUCCCAGUCUCACCCGUUUCCUGCCAGAAUGGUGUUCAACAGGAGGGUGACGGAGCCGUCGCACUUCCAGGACGUCAGGCACAUUGAGUUAGACGUCACUGGGUCCAACAUUGAGUUUGCUGCCGGUGACGUGGUGAUGAUGCGCCCAUGUAACGCCCCUGAGGAUGUGCAGCAGUUCUGCCAGCUGCUGAGAUUGGACCCAGAGACCCGGUUCACUCUCAGCCCCACAGACAACACUGCAGUCCCAGCCAGGCUUCCUCAGCCCUGCACGGUGCGCCACCUGGUGGAGAGUUACCUGGACAUUGCCGCUGUGCCUCGCCGCUCCUUCUUCGAGCUGCUGUCCACCUUCGCCACCAAUGAGCUGGAGCGGGAGAAGCUGGCCGAGUUAAGCUCAGCGGCGGGCCAGGAUGAGCUGCAUAGCUACUGCAACCGACCCCGACGCACCACGCUGGAGGUCCUGGCAGAUUUCCCUCACACCACAGCAGAACUCAAAGUGGACUAUCUCCUGGACCUUUUCCCUGAGAUCCAGCCUCGCUCCUUCUCCAUCGCCUCCUCUCUGCGGGCUCACCCAAACAGGAUUCAGGUCCUGGUUGCUGUUGUUCGCUACAAAACCAAACUGUAUAAACCUCGAAAAGGCCUCUGCUCCUCCUGGUUAGCCUCUCUGGAUCCUACACAAGGCGAUGUGUAUGUGCCUUUGUGGGUGAAGAAGGGAAGUCUGAAGUUCCCCUCAGAGAAGGAGACCCCGGUGAUCAUGGUGGGACCUGGAACGGGAGUGGCCCCCUUCAGGUCGGCGUUACAAGAGAGGACCGCUGAGGGGAAAACUGCUAAUGUCCUCUUCUUCGGCUGCCGCUCCAAGUCCAAAGACUUCUACUUCAGGACAGAGUGGGAGGAGAUGAUGGAGGCUGGAUUCCUCACCCUCUUCACGGCAUUCUCUCGAGACCAGGAGGCAAAGGUGUACGUGCAGCACCGUGUGAGGGAGAAUGGCGAGCUCCUGUGGGACCUGAUCGCCAAUAAAAACGCUUGUUUUUACAUCGCUGGCAACGCUAAACAGAUGCCAGCCAGCGUGUGCGACGCCCUCAAAGAGGCGUUCCAGCAGGCGGGAGGUGUGUCCGCUGAGGAAGCCGAGCAGAUGCUGGCGACCAUGGAGAAGACGGGUCGGUUUCAGAGCGAGACCUGGUCGUGAUCGCCCGACCCCAACAACCUUUUGACUACACUGGGAUCCGUCCAGCUGUCAGAAUCAACUUAUUCCAAUGAAUGAAAGAAUAACCAAAAGCCUCUGACGCUCUCUUCAUAGAACGAGAUUAUUUCACCCCACAGAAAGUUCACACUUUGGCUCUGUUUGUGGGUUUGGAUGCUUUUAGGGUUGGGCUUUAGCUUCAUCUGCAUAUUUUCUACACACUACUUUAAAAACCUGAACAGGCUGCUUUGCUUUGAGCUUCUAAGUCGACUGUUAUUGUGACGCAGCCGCAGAGGUGUGCUGCAGUAGAUCAUUGGACCAGUUUCCUUAAUUCUUUCUACUGCUUUUGCCCUGCUGUGGAAACACAAACCAAAUCUGAUGCUUCCUACACUUUCAUUCAUGAGAAGUCUCUGGAGGUCAUGAUGAAAAACCUCACUGAUCCCCCAACAUAUGAAAUCUCAUUUUAAAGUCAAGCAGUAGAAGAUCUAAACCCUGAUCCGUGAAGGACAUACCGAAUAGUUUUUAGCUUUUUCUGUGGAAAAGUACUGUAGUCACCACACAGUCUCUCAUGUACAGCAUCACUGAAUAUUACCCAAUAACAGGGACAGAGAGGAUUGCAUCUCACAACUGGAAUCAAGUUACAGAAACAGUUUAAGGAACAAGUCGCUCUUCUCCUCCUUUCUGCCUCCAUUUCUGAUCGUCUGUGGCAUCAGGAGAAUCUCAGCAGGUGGUGAUCACAAUAUUUCAUCACAUCAGUUUGCCUGAUUGCAUCUAACCUGUAUGAAAUCAUGUGGCGUGAACUUUUAGUCACAUAAACCCUUUGAGAAGGACUGUAUGCACUGCAGAUAAAGGGCAUGUUCAUUCCUCCUGAACAGGAGUUAUAAUGGUAAUCUGUGAAGUAUUUAUUGCCUUUCUUGAGCUUUAUUAAGUGUGUUGAACAGAAAGUGAAACCAAGUAAACAGUGUUGCCUUAAAGUACGUCAGUGAGGUCCUAAACUCUUAAAUGAAGCUAUAAGCAUUCAGUAAAAUACGUCACAAUAAACUGUCCGGAUCUGAAAACUCCAGAGUGUUUUUGUUUCUGGUUUCUUCCUGAAAAUUAAUAAUUCAUACAAGAUACAUCCACCGUCAGGCUGCAUCUGAAAUUAGCCGACUAUAAACACUCCAGUGACUAAGCUACUGAUCAUUACAGGAAUGAGCCAAUCAAAUCAUGCAAACGCCACAGCACUGCUGCUGACCACUCAAAUAAUGUUAUGAAAACAGCAGACGUUGAUCAUUGUGAGUAAUCAGCCAAAGCAACGAGCGGCUAGCUCAGCCUAAAUUUAAAGCUCAGGGGUUAUUCGCUGUUACUAUGCCGACAUGCCAAGCAAAGACAAGUCUACGAUGUAGCCCCCACAGCUGACUGAUGGUGGGUUUGACAUCUGUAAGAAGAAACAAUGGAACUGAACAGGCCAAUCACAGUCAUCAUCAGGAGGCGCACGGCAGAUUAAGGUGAAGGCUUUCAUUAGGGUUUGUGACUGGAUCUAAUGUAUAAAUCCCACAUUAAGAGAAUUCUUGUUCAUGUAGUGCUUGAAAGCCUGAUGUGGGCAUUGCAUCAGUUCAUUUUGAUGUGAAACUGCACAGCCAAUUGUGACACAGCUCCACAGGUUUCUAAAAGUAAAUAAACAUGCUUGGUUGUGUGCUGUGAACAGAAAGCAAAGAAACACAAGACACUGACUCCAUUUCCUUAUUUUUAUCUUCCAGCUUCCCUGAGGUAAAUGGCUCUCAGCACUGACUCCGCCCCUUCAUACAAUCCCACUACACUCCAACUCCCAGCAUCCCAUGCUGUGUCACCGUCCACCAGAUGCAUGUGGUGCUCUUUUCUCCCGUGCAUCAUUAGGCAGGGUUUCAGGAAUCGUAGUACAAACCUGGUAACC